AUUUUUACUGUUAUCACUUUUAUACCCACUGUUUGGACCGGCACCAUAGACUGCAAUGACGCAUCAUAGGCUAAACAGUAUUCUGGGUUUGUGAUGGCGGGGCGGGAAGGAGAAAGUGUUAGUAAGCUUGUGAUAACUGUUGAUGGUUAUGUGAAUAGAAUAGCGUUUUAUUUAUUCAUUCUUACUCUACAAUUACAUAUACUAGACUAAUCUUUUAAAACUUAAUAUUAUUCGAAUUAAACAUAAACUAAUUUGCAUGGUCAACAUUUUAUCGAAUGUCCCCAAUUCUUCCGAAUUGCACGUAUCGAUAUUACGUCAAUUUCGCAAUCAACUCCUGUCUUGUAUUCCAUUACAACCUGAGUUUUAUUAGUUACAAUUAAAAUGGUAUUGAAGCAACUCUCUUUGCGUCACAAAGAAAAAAAAUAACGACAUAAUAAAUAAAAAACAAAUUUAUACAUCAUCAACCUUUCCAGAUAAAAGAACUCUUUAUUAAAAUUUAUGAUUGCGGUUGUUUAUCUGUUUGCAUAUAAAUGCAUCGCAAAAGAAAAAUAACGAAACAUCAACAGAAUGUUGAACCUUAAAGUUAUAAUUUUAGUUUUUUCCUUAACCGUUUCGGAAAAUUUUGCAAAAUACGCCGUUUUAAGAAUCAACGAUGGAUUAAUAAAAGGUUCGACUUUAACGGAUAUCGAUGGGAGAUUUUUUUUUAGUUUUCAAUCAAUUCCUUUUGCUAAACCACCAAUUGGAAAAUUAAGAUUUAAGGAUCCAAAACCUGUUGAAAAGUGGAAUGGAAUUUUGGAUGCAACAAAAGAAGCGCCCAUUUGUUUUCAGAAAAUACUUCUGUUAAAUGAAGAUUUUUAUGGCCAAGAAGAUUGUUUAUAUUUAAAUGUUUACACGCCAAACUUAAGACCAAAAUCUCUUUUACCUGUUCUCGUAUUUAUUCACGGAGGCUCUUUCAUCGAAGGAUCUGGAAGUUAUAGUUCUUACGGACCAGAAUUUAUUGUUUCAAAAAAUGUGAUCCUCGUAACAUUAAAUUAUCGCCUUGGAAUGCUUGGUUUCACUAGCUUCAAUAAUCCGAAAGUUGAUGUUCCCGGAAAUGCUGGUCUCAAAGAUCAAACUGCGGCUCUUCGAUGGAUUCAAGCUAAUAUUCGGUAUUUUGGUGGAAAUCCAAAUUUGGUAACAAUUUCGGGAGAAAGUGCCGGAAGUGUCAGCGUACAUCUCCAUGUUUUAUCACCUCUAUCGAAUGGUUUGUUUAAACGAGGUAUUAUGCAGAGUUCUUCUGCUUUGGCAGCAUGGUGUAACGGAGAGAUUAAUAACGGAGUUUCAUCUGCAAAAUUUCUCGGGUUUGAAGGUAACGAUCAACUGAGCAUGUUGGAAUAUUUACAAAAUGCUGAUUUAGACCAAUUAAAAGCUGCUUCUGAAAAUACAACGUUUUUGGUGAAAAUCAAUACUCCAGCAAGAUUUAGUCCAGUUGUUGAAUAUAAAUCAAAAAAAGCCUUUUUAACCGACGACCCCAGCAAUAUUUUAAGAAGAGGCAAUUUUAAUCGUGACGUAGAAUUAAUGAUGGGAAUGACAAAUAGUGAAGGGACGGUUUUGGAUGCUGUAUUGAUUUUAUUGAAUGGAUUGUUUGAACCCUGGCCAACAAACGAUUUUAUACCGCAUUAUUUUAACGCAACUUCGAAUGAAAAAAUCGAAAUUGAAAAAAAAUUAGACGACUACUACAACACUCACGAUUCUAAUCCGGACAAUCACAUCGCUUUACAAACCGAUUCUUAUUUUACCUUCCCAAUCUACGAAGCACUUUUCGCACACUUAAAUUACAACCAAGACAUAUUCCUUUAUUUGUUCGCGUCCACGUCGGAAUUAAAUACUCUCAAAAAUAGUAACAAUAUAACAAGAAAUUAUAACGGUGCUUGUCACACUGAUGAUUUGUGGUAUUUUUACACUCACUUAGAAACUCCACCUUCCGCAUUUGCAAAUGGUUCCAUUGAAAAUAUGGCAAUUCGGAAUUCUGUGAGUUUGUUAACGAAUUUUGUUAAAUUUGGAAAACCAACGUUACCAGGAGAUCCAGUUCAAUGGGAGAAAGUUCGAAAAGGAUCUAUAAAGUAUUUGAAAAUUGAUUUAAAUCAGAAUUAUGUGGGGGAGAUGUUUUUUGAGGAAAGAAUGGAUUUUUGGUGCAAGUUACAUGAGGAAUAUAAUCUACAACAUUUUUGUCCUUUAAUGUAAAUUUAUUUUGAUUUAAAAUAACUAAGGAAGCGUGAACUAUGUUUUCCGCCUUCUUUAUAAAUGUUGCACCAUAAAACUUUUGUAUUU